AUGGACAUUAACGCCUCUACUGCCCGCGACCUGCCGUCCACGUUGCCUGACGAACUAUUGGCGGAGAUAUUCGUCCAUCUGCAUAGUUGUCGCCUCACGGACGGCGAACGAGAGGGCCUCGCAUAUCUCCCCGUCCCUCCAUGGGCCGUAGUCUCGCAUGUCAGUUCUCGCUGGCGCCAUAUCUCUCUCAAGUGCAAAAAGCUCUGGAGCUUCAUCGUCGAUGGUGAUCGUCGUUGGACCGAGGCCUCAGUCAAACGCUCUGACCCCCUUCCCAUCACCAUGCGCGCGGAAAUCUACCCUCAAACCCCACACGACUCCAUCGUCGCCCUCGUUGAUUUGGUUCCGCCUGCGAGACUGGCUAGCGCCCAGCUCUGGGUCAAUGGGUCAUGUCCUACCGACGAGGAGACGGAGCCGUACACGUUCUGGCUCCUCAAGCUCACCCAAACGCCGACACCUCUACUCACAUACUUUGAGAUCGCUGUGUCGUAUGGGAACGCAGGUGGCCCCAGCGACGGCUCAACAGAUAUUCAUCUUUGUCUACCCUGGAAGUAUCUGGGGAAACACGAGCAGAGUCCGUUGAGAUCAAUUGUACUCUCGGAGUGCAUUUUCAUGACGCUGUUCUCCUUCAAUGGAUCUACAAAUCUGACUUCCUUCAAGUUAUUCCGAUGCAUCUAUGCACUGGACGAUAACGAUGACAUUCUGGGUCACGACCUUAUCCUCGGCGCCCUGUCAGCGUCGCCCAACCUUGAGGAGCUCGUUCUGUCAUCGUCCAUUUCACCAAGGGGCCCUAUUCUUGGGAGCUCCUUCGAUAAACAUGGCAUCAAACUUCCCUGUCUCCGCAUCCUUGUGCUCAGCGACUUUCUACCAAUGGCUCUCGACUUUCUGUCAUAUAUCUCCAUCCCAUCAUCCGCGACAACUUCCCUCACCCUUGUCUGGGACGAAUUAGAGGCAACACCAGAGGUGCAAUUUGCAACACUGCAGGGAUUCAAUCUGGAACGAUUCCUCCUGAACCCUAUGCCUUCCUCACAUUGUGAACUGCACAUCUUAAAAAGCAGAUUUGAUGGUCCCUCCUCUGGCACUCAAGGCGUGGAUAUAUCGCUCGGCAACGGCAUCAAGCCGCACACCGCGCAAGAGACCUCCUUCACUAUCCAAAUUACGCAAGAGUCGACUACAAUCCCACCAUCGGGCCCAUUCCUUGACGCAGUGUUGAAUUUAUUCUCCUCACGAUCGACCCCCGUUCAUACACUGGUCAUAGCGGUGCCUAUCGCGUACUUUGAUUGCGUUCGCAUCGGGGAAACAUGGAACAAAAUCGAACAGGUGACGGUAGAGGGCACCGCCGCGGCCUUAGCCUUCUUCGACGCCUGGCACCGCGACGCACCCCACUUGCUGCCGAAUGUGACCACUCUGACGAUUAGUCGCGUCGACCUUACGGGCGGUGCUCUGUUCGAAAAGCUCGUCUUGGCGAUCACGCGGCGGCAGCUCACAACGUUUUCAUGCGCCAGACUCGCGCAUGUCAUUCUCGAUACACCGCUUGUCUCCGCGCGGACCAUCGAGGUCCUCACAAGAAUACUCACGAUUGAGAAGCCGCAUGCUGUUUGUGUACGACGCGACACGUAUGAUGCGGAUGUGGAAGCGCUACGGCACGGGCGCCCGCGAGUAACAGUCUAA